AGAGCGGGCGGCGCGGCCGCGGCUGCCUGGAGCUGGGCUGGGCGGCGCUUUUUUUUUUUUUCGCAAUUUCCACUCGCGGGGAGCAGGAAACCCGGCGCAGCCGGGCGCAGCGGGCCGCGAUGCAGCAGCAGCAGCAGGAGUCGCCCCGGGGCAGCAGCGGCAGCAGCAGCAGCAAAGGCAGCAGCGGGCGGCGCUGAGCCGCCGCGGCCGCCACUACUGAGGAGGAAGCCGCCGCGUCCCGACUCCCGCACCCCGAUCCCGGCGCCCCGACCCCCGCGCCCCGAUCCCGGCGCCCCAACCCCCGCGCCCGCCUCCGCCAACUUUCACGCUGCCUCGGCGGCCCGGCCCGGCUCGACGCCAAUGGUGGAGGCCAUAGUGGAGUUUGACUACCAGGCCCAGCACGACGAUGAGCUGACGAUCAGCGUGGGUGAAAUCAUCACCAACAUCAGGAAGGAGGAUGGAGGCUGGUGGGAGGGACAGAUCAACGGCAGGAGAGGUUUGUUCCCUGACAACUUUGUAAGAGAAAUAAAGAAAGAGAUGAAGAAAGACCCUCUCUCCAGCAAAGCUCCAGAAAAGCCCAUGCAUGAAGUGUCCAGUGGAAAUGCUUUGCUGUCUUCUGAAACAAUUCUAAGAACCAAUAAGAGAGGCGAGCGACGGAGGCGCCGGUGCCAGGUGGCGUUCAGCUACCUGCCCCAGAAUGAUGAUGAGCUUGAGCUGAAAGUUGGUGACAUCAUAGAGGUGGUAGGAGAGGUAGAAGAAGGAUGGUGGGAAGGCGUUCUCAAUGGAAAGACUGGAAUGUUUCCUUCCAACUUCAUCAAGGAGCUGUCAGGGGAGUCAGAUGACCUCGGCAUUUCCCAGGAUGAGCAGCUCUCCAAGUCAAGUUUAAGGGAAACCACAGGCUCUGAGAGUGAUGGGGGUGACUCGAGCAGUACCAAAUCCGAAGGUGCCAAUGGGACAGUCGCAACUGCAGCAAUCCAGCCGAAGAAAGUUAAGGGAGUGGGCUUUGGAGAUAUUUUCAAAGACAAGCCAAUAAAACUAAGACCAAGGUCAAUUGAAGUUGAAAAUGACUUUCUACCGGUGGAAAAGACUAUUGGAAAGAAGUUACCUCCAACUACAGCAACUCCAGACUCGUCAAAAACAGAAAUGGACAGCAGAACAAAGACCAAGGAUUACUGCAAAGUAAUAUUUCCAUAUGAGGCACAGAAUGAUGAUGAAUUGACAAUCAAAGAAGGAGAUAUAGUCACUCUCAUCAAUAAGGACUGCAUCGAUGUAGGCUGGUGGGAAGGAGAGCUCAACGGCAGACGAGGAGUGUUCCCUGAUAACUUCGUGAAGUUACUUCCACCCGACUUUGAAAAAGAGGGGAAUAGACCCAAGAAGCCACCUCCUCCAUCCGCUCCUGUUAUCAAGCAAGGGGCAGGUACCUCUGAGAGAAAACAUGAAAUUAAAAAGAUACCUCCUGAAAGACCAGAAACGCUGCCAAACAGAACAGAAGAAAAAGAAAGACCAGAGAGAGAGCCAAAACUGGAUUUACAGAAGCCUUCUGUUCCUGCCAUACCACCAAAAAAGCCACGGCCACCCAAGACCAAUUCUCUCAGCAGACCAGGCGCACUGCCCCCGAGGAGGCCUGAACGACCAGUGGGUCCCCUGACCCACACCAGGGGUGACGGUCCAAAGAUUGACUUGGUGGGCAGUUCGAUAUCCGGCAUCCUGGACAAGGAUCUCUCGGACCGCAGCAAUGACAUCGACCUAGAAGGUUUUGACUCCGUGGUAUCAUCUACUGAGAAACUCAGUCACCCAACCACAAGCAGACCAAAAGCCACGGGGAGGCGGCCUCCAUCCCAGUCCCUCACAUCCUCUUCCCUUUCAAGCCCUGAUAUCUUUGACUCCCCAAGUCCUGAAGAAGAAAAAGAGGAACACGUUUCGCUUGCACACAGAGGAGUGGACGCGUCCAAGAAAUCUUCAAAGACUGUUACCAUAUCCCAAGUGUCCGACAACAAAGCAUCUCUGCCGCCCAAGCCGGGGACCAUGGCUGCUGCUGGUGGUGGUGGGCCAGCCCCUCUGUCCUCGGUGGCACCCUCCCCCAUGUCGUCCUCUUUGGGAACAGCCGGACACAGAGCCAACUCCCCGUCUCUGUUCGGCACUGAAGGAAAACCAAAGAUGGAGCCUGCGGUCAGCAGCCAGGCGACCUUGGAGGAGCUGAGGACGCAGGUCCGUGAGCUGAGGAGCAUCAUCGAGAGCAUGAAGGACCAGCAGAAACGAGAGUUUAAGCAGUUACUGUUGGAGUUGGAUGAAGAGAAGAAAAUCCGGCUUCGGUUGCAGAUGGAAGUUAAUGACAUAAAGAAAGCUCUUCAAUCAAAAUGAAUACUUGAUAAAUGAAAUGUUGCGUUAUUCAUCCUGAGUCCAAGACUCAAAUUUUCCGCCCCAGCCAAAAUAACCUUGUGCCAAAAGAUUAAAGGUUUGCCUCAACAUGUCCCUGUUUGAAAGAUUAGCACAAAAGUCUUGAUAGCACAACACAAGUUCCAUCCAAGAGGAGACUCUUCCUGGGUCUGGCACUGGUUGUGACUUACAGCAAAUUGUGCUAAAGGCUUUUUUACUAUGAGAUCUCAUGCGAAACGAAAACUCAGGCAGUUUAGUCCGUAGUGGUACUAUUUUGAUGAUAUUUUCCAUUAAUAAAAUGUAAUUUCAGAUUA